CAUAUAUAAGGGCGCGCGAACGGACACCGUCCACAGAGCUACAUUUGAGAACUUGGCUCUACACCGAAGCCUCAUUCGAAAGGAAGACAUGAAGCUGCUUACCAUUUUUCUUAUCUUCGGGCUGGUGUCUGGAAUUCUUGCCACCGCUUCUCUCAACGAAAACAAGAGUGAAGUCGCCCACCUAAGAGUUCGACGGUGGGGGUUUGGUUGUCCAUUUAACCAGCGUGCAUGCCAUCGCCACUGCCGCAGUAUUAGGCGUCGGGCAGGUUACUGCGGCGGCAGGUUCAAGCUUACGUGUACCUGCGUGCGUCGCUAGCGCACUUGGAGACCACGACGGCCGACAUCCCGAGUGAAUGCACGUGCAGCCAACGGAAGCGACGCCUUACACACCAGGAGUGUUACUUCUAUCUGCACGACUUACUUACAUUCUACACGUAGAAGUAUGACAAUAUCCGCCGCUUUCAGCUAAGAGCUGCGAGGCUGCCUUAGCAAAUGCGCUGUGAAUAAACGAGAAAAAGAAGCAAACCUCUUCGAUAGACUGUCUUUAUGCCUGGAGUCAAGGAAACGAAUAUCUGCAGGCGUCCUUUGCCGUGAUGCUGAGAGCGCAUGUGUGUCACUUUUUUUCAUGAAGGAAGAAAAACAAGAGGAGUAAAUACUGCGCAAUGCGAUAGAAGCCCACUGUGUCGGCCCAACACGCGAUCAAAACGUCAGAGCGCGUGGUAGGGUUUAGUACUCUCGGUUGAGUUCUGUUUUAGGGGCGAAGCUCUUUAAAGCGGCACCCCUUCGUCCCUCGUAGUCGUAGUGCGUAACCAGUCGUAACGCUAGUACCAGAUCUUGACCUCCAAGGUGGUGCCGGUGGGAGAUUUUUCCUGUGCGUUGUUGAACAAUAAAAAAUUCGCAGCGUGUGCGUUACCUAAAAGCCGACUUCUUCUGUCUCUCAU